AUGCAUUCGACAACGCGACGUUUGGCCCUGGCCGGUCUCCUGGUGGCUCUGGGUGUCACCGCCUUUGCCAAGCCACACGGCAGCUGGAGCAGCGGAGGCAGCAGCGGUGGAGGCGGCGGUGGCUGGUCCUCGGGAGGCAACAAGAUCAGCAUCAGCGCCUGGCCCUCUAGCGGUGGUAGCGGCUGGCAGAGUGGCGGAGGAAGCAGCGGCUGGCCCAGUGGAGGGGGAAGCAGUGGAUGGUCCUCGGGUGGAUCCUCGGGCUGGCCCAGCGGUGGAGGCGGCGGGAGCUCUGGAUGGAAAGUGAGCUCGGGCGGCGGAGGUGGAUCCGGCUGGUCGAGUGCCUUAUCCGGCCUAUCCGACUGGAAGUCCCAAGCCUUGACAAGCCUCAGCAGCCUCAGCAGCGGCUGGAAGAGCGGUGGUGGCGGAGGCGGAGGCUGGUCAAGCGGUGGAGGCGGGGGCAGUGGUUGGAAGAGUGGCGGCGGCAGCGGAGGCAGCGGCUGGAAGAGCGGCGGCGGCGGGGGCGGAGGUUGGAAGAGCGGCGGUGGCAGCGGAGGCAGCGGAUGGUCCUUGGGCAGCAGCUCCUCGGCCUGGCCCAGCAAGAGCAGCAGUGGCUGGUCCUCCGGCGGCAGUGGAGGUGGCGGCGGCUGGAGCUGGUGA